AUGACCCCGCACAACUCACUUAUAAAUGGCGAGACCUUGACAUCGACAGGAGACUUGUUUCAGUUGGGCUUCUUCAGUCUAGAUAAUAGUUCAGCCAAGGGAUACAUAGGAAUCUGGUACUGCAAUCACACACCGCAAGAAGGCACUGUAGUAUGGAUCGCCAAUCGGAACAAGUCUGUCAAUACAUCCAUGGCAUCCUUCAACCUCACUUCCGAUGGAAAUCUUGUCUUAUUUGAGGAAGACAAAAUUGUUUGGUCGACGGGAACGAGAUCCACAGAACUCAAUUCUGCACGCUUGCAGCUUUUAGAAUCUGGAAAUCUCGUGUUGAACGACAGCAACUACAUUCUAUGGCAGAGCUUUGAGCACAAGAAUGAAAGCGGCAUGUAUCUCGUUGGCAUGAAGUUUGGAUUUGACAACCGGGCCAACACUUCAUGGCAGCUAGUGUCAUGGAAAAAUCCCAUGGAUCCUUCUCCGGGAGACUACAUCAUGAUGAUUCGUGCUCUUCCUAUACCGGAUGACGAUGAAGGGAUCCUACAUAUACUAUCGCGGUGGCAUAUGGAACGGAUAUGA